CAGGCGAACUCGGGCGUUUCGGUGGGUUCGGAAGAGAAGUUCUGUAUCAGCGCGAGCCCCAGCAGUGCUCAGUUAAAGACAGAGACACACACACACACAGAGAGACAGAGAGAGAGAGAGAGAGACAGGCGGCGGCGGGGGAGGCACUGCGACCCUCCCGGGGGGGCAGAUUAUAACCACACUAUACACACACACGCACCCAGGCCGCCAAAUAGGUCCAAUGUUUACUCUAGAUUUUCUUUUUUUAUAAGCAUAUUAAAAAAAAAAAAAAAUGCCUAUUCUACUUUUUCUCAUAGACACGUCCGCUUCUAUGAACCAGCGGACUUAUUUGGGUACGACGUAUCUGGACAUCGCUAAAGGCGCGGUUGAGAUUUUUAUGAAGCUGCGCGCCCGAGACCCUGCUAGUAGAGGCGACAGGUACAUGCUAGUUACAUUUGAUGAGCCGCCAUACGGAGUUAAGGCUGGCUGGAAGGAGAAUCACGCCACCUUUAUGAACGAGCUGAAGAACCUGCAUGCUUCGGGGCUGACCACACUGGGCCAGGCGCUGCGCUCCUCCUUUGACCUGCUCAACCUCAACAGGCUGGUGUCCGGCAUCGACAACUACGGACAGGGAAGAAACCCCUUUUUUCUGGAGCCAUCGGUGAUCAUCACCAUCACAGACGGGAGCAAGCUGACUCACAGCUCUGGCGUGCAAGAGGAGCUGCAUCUGCCCCUGAACUCGCCGCUACCAGGCAGCGAGCUGACGAAGGAGCCGUUCCGCUGGGACCAGAGGCUGUUUGCACUGGUGCUGCGUCUGCCGGGCGCCUCCUCCCUCGAGCCGGAGCAGCUGGGCAGCGUCCCCACAGACGAGUCCGCCAUCACGCAGAUGUGUGAGGUCACUGGAGGCCGGUCCUAUUGUGUCCGAACCCAGCGGAUGCUCAGUCAGUGUUUGGAGUCGCUGGUGCAGAAGGUGCAGAGUGGAGUGGUGAUCAACUUCGAAAAGACAGGACCUGAUCCGCCGCCUGUGGGGGAAGGUAACCGAGCCGUUACAUCACAGGGGUGGAAAGAAGACUCCCACUGCAUGGCAGUUUGCUCCAUUCCUGACGGUCUUGUUGACCCAGCCAGGCCCACAUCCUCGUUCUCUCCCCAGCCAUGGCACAGCUGCCACAAAGUGAUCUACGUGCGCCCCAACCCCAAAACCGGCGUACCUGUCGGACACUGGCCCAUCCCCGAAUCCUUCUGGCCCGAUCAGAACUCCCCCACUCUGCCUCCCCGGACGUCCCAUCCCAUUGUACGGUUCUCCUGUGUGGACUGUGAGCCCAUGGUGAUCGACAAGCUGCCCUUUGACAAAUACGAGCUGGAGCCCUCACCGCUCACACAGUACAUCCUGGAGCGCAAGUCCCCACACGUGUGCUGGCAGGUGUUUGUAAGCAGCAGUGGGAAGUACAGUGACCUGGGGCAGCCUUUCGGGUACCUGAAAGCCAGCACUACCUUAACCUGCGUCAACCUCUUUGUGAUGCCUUACAACUACCCUGUCUUAUUGCCAUUGUUAGAUGACUUGUUCAAAGUGCAUAAACUGAAACCUAACAUGAAAUGGCGACAGGCUUUUGAGACGUACCUGAAGAACUUGCCUCCAUACUUCCUAUUGCCAUUAAAGAAGGCGCUACGAAUGAUGGGAGCCCCAAAUCUGAUCUCUGAUAACAUGGACUGUGGGCUCAGCUACAGCGUCAUCUCUUACCUCAAGAAACUCAGCCAGCAGGCCAAAAUGGAGUCGGACCGGCUCAUAGUGUCCGUUGGCAAAAAGCCUCCCCAGGAAACGGGGAUCAAAGUCAAGAACCACUCCAAUGCACUUUCACUGGCGCACCGCAAGGAUUUCAAACAGCUCCUGCAGGGGAUCACUGGGGAGGCCCCCCUCAUGCUAACCGAUCUCAACCUAAAGGAGUUUGCAGGCUUCCAGAUAGCACUAUUGAACAAGGACCUGAAGCCUCAAGCCUACAGGAACGCGUUUGACAUUCCCCGGAGGAAUCUCCUGGAUCAGCUGACCCGAAUGAGGUCCAACCUGCUGAGAACAACGCAGAAGCUCAUCCGCGGACAAGAUGAAGACUACCUGCACAGCAUCCCUGUGGCUCAGAUGGGGAAUUACCAGGAGUACCUGAAGAUGAUGCCGUCACCCCUCCGAGAAAUCGACCCGGACCAGCCGAAACGCCUGCACACGUUCGGGAACCCUUUUAAGCAGGACAAGAAGGGAAUGAUGAUUGACGAGGCGGACGAGUUUGUGGCGAGCCCCCAGAACAAGCUGAAGAGGAGUGCGGGAGACCCCAACUCUGCUGCGGCACUGAAGAGACGGAGGAGCAUGUCCCCCUUGCUUCGCCGGCCACAGACGCCCCCCAUAAUCACAAACCACGUGAUGGGCAAGGGGCCACCCUCCUCCCCUGGGGGACAAGGCCACCAGAACUUAAUCAAACCCAUCCCACUGCACAAAGGCAUGGAGGUGAACAGCGUGAUCGUAGGGGAGAGUAACGGGGAGAGGAAGCCUGAGAACUGGCCGGUGUUGGACGGGUUAGAAGUGGUGACCCCUGAGGACAGACUAAUGGGGACAGCGGUCGAGGCAGAGUCCCAGCCGGAGGAUGUGGGGUGUCUGAGUGAGGACGGGCUGGACGAGAGGCCAGACCCUGGCGCUAUGGACAGAGGAGCAGGCCCUGCUGAGAACUGUGAGGAAGGAGCUCCACCGGACCAGGAGGGGGCGAUGGAGAGCAGUGCCGAGUCCGCAUUGCCAGGCUCACUCAGGGUUGUCAGUGUCCUGCCUCUUGAUGGGACCAAUGCAGCGCUCCGGACACGGGUCUUAAAGGAGGUUCGCAAGCCAGGCAGGAAUUAUGAGACGGUGUUCCAACUACUUGAAGAAGUGAAGGGACCUCUGGAGGUACAGAGAUACUUCAUCCAGCACACCAUCAAGGAGGCAGCCAGGUUUAAGAAGCGGGUGCUGAUCCAGCAGCUGGAGACUGCACUGGAGGAGAUGGAGGAGAAGUACCGGCCCAAGAGCGUGAACAACAUCCACGACAGGUAACCAGGGCCCUGCGCUGCACCUGUGGAGAAACGCCUGCCCAAUAGACGGGCAAAGGCUCCAGCGCCACGCACGAACCGUCAGAGUUUGACGAAGAUGGAGCGGUUUACCGGAGAGGGAGGAGGGCAUGAGAGGAGAAGGGCCUGGCCAGCCAAACCUUCCCUCUGUGCCUCCCCUUUUUUUGCCAAAAUCCUGCCAGCAUAAGCCAAGCUCCUCGGUGCUCAGGAUAACCUCCGCAGUGACUGAAUGACUAGAGGAGGGAGAUGGAGUAGCAUGGGGACUCUUAGUUUCCUCACAAGUCUGAACACAUUCUAAGUGUGGGUGGUCUAGACUUCCACCUGCCCCAAGGGCUAUGGCACAGAGCAGCCAUUGAUUGUUAUUACCCCAUGAGAGGGUAAAGGAGGGGUGGGAGGAUGACAACAUUGGACAUAGGACCAAUGCCUGAAAUAAUAAACAUUGCACAUCAGAAAGGUUACCUUGAUAAUAAAUGAAAAGGUGAGUGGAGGAUGUGUCACAGCUUUGCAGAAACUCAUCCCACACUCCCAUACCCUCCACCAUACAUCCAAGCAACAGGGCAGAGUUCAAAUCUGCAGCUGUGAUCUCUAAUAAGUCUUCAGACUGUUAAGCAGAGCUGCACCCUCCCCAGACCCAAGAGAUGGGCCUGUGUCACAUCAGUGAGCAGGAGAAGGCGGGGUGAGGGCGUGGGUAUUUGUAAAGAGUAGGAGUAAUUACCCACAGCCCUGCGCCUCCUGUUCAUUGACACCAGUGAAAACCUUGUGACUUGAUGAGGAAACUUAAUCUACCUCAGGCUUUUUGUUUUUCAUUUUUAAACUUCUUUUAGUUGUGUUUUUCCACUAUUUUUAGAAUUGGGUCGUACAAGGAAACGAAACCUGCAUAAAAACAAAAAGAUUGACCUGGGCAGCUUCCAACCCGACCUGAUCAGACUAGGCCUUUAUUGACCAACAAGACUGUAAUAAGCGAUUGAAGUGUCCAGCAGCACUUGCACAACACGGUUUCCUUUGAAAUUUGCAACAUGUCGCCUAAAGCUCCAAAACCAAUCCUACAUUUUGGUUUUCAUUAAUCUGGUCCAUUGCAGCUUGCAGCAGGCAUGCCCAGAUUGCUUGAGCAGUUGAUACAAGGCAGAAGUGCAUAAAUCUGCGCUUUUUGCUUUUAUGUUAACGGUAAUGAUUGGCUAUAAAAUAAACAAACGUAUUGAAUUUAACUCAGUUGUGCAUUCUGUUUGCUGAAAUACAGUUUUAGGUUUUCAGUUUGAUCUGUGCUUGAUUGUGGUCUUGUGGCACUAAAACCCGAAUGGCUGAGCACUUUUCAAUCACAAAUAGCUUGAGCUCAGAGUUUUGAUUUCCCAAGGUUCUGAUGGAAACGGAAGGGCUGGAAACACAUGGCUGGAAAUGAAGACGGGUUUGAUGAAUAGCGUUAAAGGUAGUCUGGGUCUAUCUGGUCAGGUUUGAACUGCAGUCCAUGUCUGUUUGGUUCAGUUCAGUUAGGCUGGUUUGAUCUUUCCCAGCACUCCUGUGCUUAAGCAACCCAUGAUGCUUUUGUUUUUUGUUUUUUAAUGAAAGUGUAUUUUACUUUUUAAUAUUCAUACAAAAGAAAUAACAAAGAGAUUAUUUUUGGACAGUAUUCUUACCAGGCCAUAAGAUAAAUAUUUUAAAGAAAAUAUUACACUGUAUAAAGAAGAAUGUUUUGUAACUGUUAUUAUAUAAUAUAAAUGAAC